AGAACUUGAAAGCCAUCAGUUCCCUUGGAUUAGCAAGCUAACAAGAAAACAAAAACGUCCCAAGUGUGAAAGAGAACUUGGGGGACCUAUAGACUUAUCUUCGUGAAGCUUGAAACCCAUUCAAGAUUACUCUUGACCAUGAAUCACUCACGUUUUGCAUACAAGAUAUUGGUGUGUUGGUGUAUUCUACUUUCAGUUGGUUUGGUGACGGGUGAUAAUCACACCCUUUUCUACCGUGCAUCUGGUGUUAUUCUCAACCGUAACUUCAGCAUUAAUUUAAUGGACACUGAAUCGAAACUUCGCAAAACCCUUUCACAAGAUAUUUUUGAUGGAUUUCAGGCUUUUGUUACAUUAGUCAUAAAUUCUGUAAAGCAAAGCGAAGAAACAUUUCCGAACAUGACAAUGACACAUGUUUUUUAUAGCCCGCCGUCAAAUGUUGAACCUACAAAUUCAACUCUCAUAGAAAAGGAAACAAAAAUCUUUAAGCAGCCGACAAUUGGCGUUUACUUUCUAGUGCUGCUCCAUCUUGACUUUGAUAUUGCAAAGGAAGCAGGCAGUAUGAAAGAUGUCGAGAAAGUCAAGGAUAAGUUGAAAUACAUUAGUACGUAUUUGCGAACGCGAAUAACAACAUCAGGCAAACGCGAAGGAUGGUUAAGUCCAAAACUCCAAAUUAAUGAUACGAUAAUAUUUGAGAACCUUCCAGAAACGGAAGCUCAUCGAAUAGAAGAUGUUUUAAAAUACAGGACCCAUUAUGUGGCAGCUUUUCUUCACCAGAACGAUGGAAUUUCCAAGAAAAAUCUUGACGUACUUUCUAUAUUGUCUUACGUUGGCUGUGGUCUUUCACUAUUUGGACUAUCUCUGACUAUUAUCACCAUCAUGUUUUCAAGAAAACUACGACGGUUGAGAGCAAAUCAAAUUCUUGUGCAGAUGUGUGUGGCCCUUUUGGGAUCACUUUUGUUCUACACGUUUGGGAUCCGCCAAGUGAAGGAUCAGUCUGAGAUUGAGACAUGUAAAGCCAUAGCAGCCAUGCUUCACUAUUUUGUAUUGGCUUCAAUGGUUUGGGCAAGUAUCGAAGCGUACAAUUUGUAUCAAGACAUCGUAAAGGUAUUUGACACCUCAGUUUUGACGCAGAACGAAUUCAUGUGUAGAGUUUCACUUGUCGGAUGGGUCGUUCCAGGAAUUAUCGUUGGUAUUACAGUUGUAGCAUCCCAAAACAGCUAUGGAUUCCAUGUUCCUGAGACUGAAGAUCACACUCUGUGUUGGAUGAAGCAAGAUGCGUUCUAUUAUGCACUAUUGUUACCAGUCCUCCUCCUGGUUGUCUURAACACCGUGUUCUUCGUGAUAGUGAUGCGUGAGAUAUUCAAGAUGCCUCAAGCCCAUGAAAAACGUUCAAAAAUGGCUAAUUUCCGGGCAACCAUCUCUGUGUUCAUUUUGCUCGGUCUAAACUGGAUUUUUGCAGGAUUUGCAGCAACAUCGCCUACACUUGUGCUGCAGUACCUCUUUACCAUCACCUGCUCGUUCCAGGGAUUCGCGAUCUUCGUUAUGCACGGUAUUUUAAAAAGGGAGUUCCAAGAAGCCUGGAAACUGUUCUCCACACAUAACAGGGUCAUGGAGAUCAUACGCAGUAGCCACCUGUCGCAGAAAACAACUUCUUCUUCGAUAUCCAGAAACUCAAUGGUGCCUUCCAGUAGCUUGGCUUAUAGCAACGCACGCCCAACCAAGUUCAACAGUCUUGGGGACGCAGAUUCUGGAAUCGAUAUCAAGCCAAAAGCCGAACAGAUGUAACAAGUAUGAAACUAUCCACUAUCCCUUAAGACCGUAAUGAUGGAUGACAUAACCUAUAAUGUUUCUUGACGUUAAGCUAAGUCAAGAAAUACAUUACUCAAUCUAACUGGAUUCUUAGCAGAACCAUACUGACUGAUAUAUUUGGGCCUAAACAAACUAAGCAUAAUAAUUUUUCUCAUUUUAGACCACGUGUCACUCUCUUGAUAAUAACAUUAUUUGUUUUAGUUGUACCCUUAUUCAUGUCUCUUCUCAUGCGUAACCAUUAAACAAAGAAAUUAUACUCUAGGGAAUGACACGUUGCCUGAUGAAAUGCGAAAAUAUUAGAUUAGGUUAAUGCUUAUUUUGACUGCUCCAGAUCCAACAUAGAAUGAUGCACAUGUGUAGUAUAGGCGGAAACGUUACAUCCGACAUAGUUCGAUGAUACUUGAUUCGUUCAAAUUAGGAUUAGUAUAUAAAUAUUAACUCGAUUCGAAGUUAAUGCCGAAUAAAAGCUGCUUAAUUAGGGACUGUUAUUACAUCUGCAGUGUGUACAGGAAAGUCUUCCCUAACUCCUUACCAAUGUCAGGUUUGUGGAGGGGAGAGAGAUAACCUUUAAACAAGUGUGAAAUACUUGUACGACUACAUCUUGGAAAUCCUCGAUAGCAUAUGAUAUAUCCUUAUUUAUUUUGUUUAUUUCUUUGUUUUUGCUUGUUUUUGCUUGUCUUUAUUGUUGUUUCUUUUUUACCCUUAGUUUUAAUUUUACUAAUUUUGAAUUCUUUUUUCGUUUUUCCCCCUUAUUUCUAUCCUUUGCUUUGUUUUUCCUUUAUUCUUCAGUCUUUAAAAAGAUUUUAAGUCAAUAGGAACCAUGCAGUAGCUAGGUUUGCUGUUUGAAUUUCUUUGCACACCACGUAACAGCCAAAUAAUUCGCAUGGGAUCACUGCAACAACAAGAGUACAGGAAUGCUAUUCUUCAAAUGAAUUGCGUUGUUGGAUUUCUUGUAAUAUCUAUACCCAUUCCAACUUUUAUUAUUAUGAAUUAGAUUCAUUCCCCAAGACAAGAUAUUCCUGGUUAUAACGUAGUAUUAGCACCAUUUGAAUGUAUAUAUUCUGCUUUUAAUGAUCUCUUGGAAAGUAUUGUUCAUUAUGCAACAUUUUACCUCUCUUGGGUAGAGAGAGAAAAGGGAGUUAGUAUGGGAAUAUCAGACACAAACAAAUUGUUAUAUUUGUAAUUGUUUAAAUGUAUGCAAGAAUCGUACCUACUAAACUAAUAAGAGUGUCAUGUUAAGUGGUUUCUUAUCAUUGUUUAUGAGGGGCACUUGACCUAAGUACAAAGAUGGUCAUCCAUCCUUCACUACACUGAUAUGGAAACUAUCGUAUUCAAGCAGAGUGACCUUCAUGUGAUGCUAAUGAUUAAAUGAAAUGCUGUUCUCAAGCAACUAGUGUUGUAAAAGACUAUGGGUUAAAUAACACGCCCAAAGUAGAAGGGCCCUUAGCAUUAUUGCACUCUAGGCCUGACAUAGCUUUAGCAUAUACCUAUAUAUAUGUAUAUACACUUGAUUGCAAAAAGGCUGUAGUAUACAAGUAUACAUUUAUGCAUGUAUCCAAUGAGAUGUAAGAUAUCAAAUCAGAUGCAGAACUUAAAAAAGUAACUUAUUUGGUCUUAUUUAUCUUCUAUUGUAUCAUAGACAUUUAGUAUUGCACAAAGUCAAGUUAAAAAAGUAUUUUCCACAACAUGUAGUGGCUAAGCAAUCAUAUUUAAGCAUGUUUUACGUUCUGCAUCUCAUUUGAUAUCUUGAAUCUCAUUAGAUAUAUGUAUAAUUGUAUACUACAACCUCUCUGCAAUAAAGUGUAUAUAUACAUUGUAAUCGUAUAGUUGGAAUUCGAGGGGGCGAAAACCUCCUUAAGUUCUCAAUUAAAUAACAUGUACAAAGCUGAAAACAUUCCGCAGUUGUGUUAUUGGUUUCAGUUCGUUUAAGGGUACGAGGUUGUAAGAUUAUUUGUUUAAAGAAUCUAACAAUUAUUAGAGUGCAAUCAAACUACUCUUGAAAAAAUGCUAAGAUUAUGAUUCAUGUUACCACUUACUAUUUAAUGGGUUUAGUAUUGUGGGGUGCAUGUUAAGCCAUAGCCGCCAUGUUGGUUGAUAACGAAACAUUCCUCAUUAGCUUCUCUUAGGGGCGGAUCCAGAGGAGGGGUGCAGGGGGUGCGUACCCCUCCCUGGUUCGACUUUGUGCCCCUACUUUGAAGAUAACCAAUGCAAAAUCUUGUUCUCCCCUCUGAUUCCAAGGGUGUACCCCUGGUUUAAUUUUGUUGCAGCACCGCUAGAUCAAUUAACAUGGCAGCUGUUUCGUUUGUAUUUAUAUCUCAAUUGACUUUGAAUCGUGUGGUUGGAAAUGUUUGUUUAUUUGCACUCUCCGCUAAAGAAGCCGUCAAAAACAGCAUGUUUACUAGUUAUAACACACUAACCGAUUUGAGUAAAAAAUUAUUUGGGUCGAUAUGUACUUUAGCACUAGUGUUUUAUUUUGACCGAGCCCUUCAUAAUGACGUCCAAAAGUGUCAAAUAAAGCUUGUCGAUUUCAAGCCAUAA